UUUAUAGAGCCUCCUAACCCAUGUUUCUAUUCUUUACUUCCUUCUCCUUGCCAUUCUACUACUGCCUUCUUGUUUGCCUUUGAAUUCCAAUCGUCACUCUAGGAAGAAUGCCACCUGCUCUGUAGUUCCUUCUAUUAUCUGCAUUUCUUGUAGAGUGCUGUUGUAGUUGUUUCUUGUUGUGUUUCUUUAAGUAACUUCUGCAACAUGGAACUCAAUGCAAUGUAUCUAAAUCUUUAAAUCCAUCGUUUAUUCAUCUUCAUUCAUACAUUGAUAAAAUUCUUGCAUUUGUGUGAUCCCCAUUCUCUAGAAACCCUGCUAUGAACAUUCCAUGAUCCAUAUGUGGGAGGAGUUGACUUUAUUUUUGUGAGUUUUCUGGAUAUCGACAUAUCCAUCCAAGGAGCAAGUCCACAAGGGAAAAAGUGAAGCUGCCAGCAUGAUCUAGCUUUGGCUAGUUGCUAAAAUUAAAAAAGAGCUAGCUAAGCUAACCCUAGCUAGGUCAUGCUCUGACAGCCUCAUUCAUUCCCAAUUGGGGACCCAGAGUUGAUGCGGAUUCAUGUACAUACCUAUAGUCACGUUGUUUGGAGGCUUAUACUAUGCUUGGAAGAGAAAAGAAUAAAGGUUACCAUGAAACAGGAGUUUGCUCGCCAUACUGUGUUCUGUUUCUCUUUGUUCUUCUGUAGCAUGGCCAGCGGAUUGAACGCACAUAAUGCAACGAGCAAUCUCAGGUUGCUGUGUGGAUGGUAUGUUAGUUCGGGAAAUGGCAGUGGCAACCAUGAAGGCAAAGAACCAAGAAGAAGGUUCAGACGGUUAAGUUCCAAAAAAAUAAAGAACUCGGAAGAUAUACCGACUGGUCUUUCGAAGUACGAAGUUUCUUUCCGCGCUGUAAUAAUCGAAGUGAUGUGGAUGUAGUUAACUGGUUGGAAUUAUUUUUUCUCUGUUUUCUUGGUGCAGAUGUUUAAUGUGUAACUUGUCGUUUUCAUUAAUUCGUCUCACAUUUCGUUCAACUGGACUCGCUCUAAUAUCAUAUUUUCGUGGAAAAUAGUUUAUUUUUGCAUGCCUUAAUUUAUGCAGCUGGAUUCAUUAGGAUUUUUUCCCUUAAUUAAUACAGUAAAAAUUAAACAAAAUUCCUACAAUACAUCACUUUUAUAAAAAAAAAUCAAAAUGUCAAAGUUUGACGCCAAGUUUUCAGAUCGAUUGCCAAAUUAUAGAUCCACGUGCAUAGAGUGGCACGACCAUGAUUGGCUGAAACCUGACGAGGCGGAUCUAAUUUAUAAGACUCGAUCAAUUUUCAGAAUCAUGGUGGUGGAAGGGACGGGUUAGCAUGCUAAUCCCUUAAGUGGUUGGCUUUUUGACAGCUCUUUUAAUUGGUCAAUUUUUCAUUAAUUAUUGGCAAGUAUUAAUGAAAAUAAACAUAAUAAAUGUUU